AUGGGUAACAUUUUCUCAGUUUCCAUAUCAGGCGAUCAACUGGUUCAAGCCCUUUCGUGCUUCUUGUGUGGGAAGGCAAACUACGUCCGCAGGCUCGGAGAGAAUCUGGAGGCUUUGCAGAUGGCGAUGAAAGAGCUAGAGGCAAAGAGAGAUGAUUUGUCCAGAAGGGUAGAGAUAGAAGAAGUAAAAGGCUUACAACGCCUAGCCGAAGUCCAAGUAUGGCUUUCAAGGGUCAAAGCCAUCAAACCCAGCAUCAGUAACCUACUCGAUGCUCGUAGCGCUGAAGCUCAGAGAUGGUGUUUCUGUGGGUUUUGUUCCAAGAAUGUCAUAUCGACCUAUUGCUAUGGCGAAGAAGUAGUCAAGAAGUUGACAGAGGUAAAAUAUCUCAUAUCUGCAGGAGCUUUCGAAAUGGUGGCUGAAAUUGCGCCUCCUCCUAGGGUAAUGGAGAUGCCUAUCCAACCCACAAUUGGUCUCGAGACGAUGCUUGAGACGACAUGGAAGGAUCUCAUGGAAGACGGAGUGAAAACUUUAGGACUUUAUGGUAUGGGAGGAGUAGGCAAAACCACCCUGCUUUGCCAAAUCAACAAUAAGUUCCUCGAGGAGGCGAGGAACGAAUUCGAUAUCGUGAUAUGGAUUGUGGUGUCUAAAGAUCUACAGAUCGAUAGGGUGCAAGAGGAAAUCGGGAAAAGAUUAGGACUUGGUAUUGAGGAGUGGAAACAUAAGAGCAGAAAUGAGAAAGCUUAUGAAAUCUACAGAUUGCUGAGGAGAAAGAGAUUUGUGUUGUUGCUGGAUGAUAUAUGGUGCAAAGUAACUCUAGAGGAGAUCGGGAUUCCGUUACCGAGCACGGAAAAUAGAUGCAAAGUAGUAUUCACCACACGUUCUAAGGAAGUAUGCGGAAGGAUGAGGGUUGAUGUUGAAUUGGAAGUGUGUUUGGCGUUCGAUAAUGCGUGGGCAUUGUUCAGAUCCAAGCUCGGAGAAAUCACGUUGAAGAGUCAUCCAGACAUACCCGAACUCGCGAAGAUAGUCGCCGGGAAAUGUCGUGGCUUACCCCUUGCCCUCAACGUAAUUGGUGAGACCAUGGCUUGCAAAAGGACGGUACGAGAAUGGUGUCAUGCCAUUGAUGUUUUGGCUUCAUCUGCCACCGAGUUUUCGGGUAUGAAAGAUGAGAUUCUCCCCAUCUUGAAGUCCAGCUAUGAUCACUUAGAAAACGAUAACGCCAAGUUGUGCCUCCAAUAUUGUGCUUUGUUUUCUGAAGAUUACAAUAUACGUAAACAUCUCUUGGUAGAGUACUGGAUAGGUGAGGGAAUUUUAGAUGAAGAAGAUGUUGAAAGAGCUGAGAACCGGGCUUACGAGAUUAUUAGUACCCUAGUUCGAGCAUGUUUGCUGAUAGAGCAUAAGCCCGGAGGGUGUGUGAAAAUGCAUUAUGUAGUCCGUGAAAUGGCUUUGUGGGUAGCAUCUGAUUUAGGAAAACAAAGCAACCUUUUUCUGGUGAAAGCUGGUAGCGGAUUACAUCAAAUGCCGAAACUCGAGAACUGGAAAAUUGCGAGAAGGGUAUCAUUGAUGAAUAAUCAAAUCAAGAACAUAACAGACAAUCCCGAGUGUUUUGAGCUUAUAACUCUGUCUCUACGAAACAACAAGCUGGUGAAAAUCUCGGCAGAGUUCUUUCCUUUCAUGCCGUCUCUAGUGGCUUUGGAUCUAUCAGGUAAUGAGGGCCUUACCGAUCCGGAAGAAAUCUCUAAGCUGGUAUCUCUGCAAUAUCUGAGCUUACGACUAACAAAGAUAGCCCAACUGCCCGUCGGUGUCAAAGGGUUGGUGACGUUGAGGUAUCUGAAUUUAGAGCGUACAUAUAGGCUUCAAAGCAUCGUUGGAAUAUCGAGUUUAUCGAACUUGAGAGUACUGAAACUAUAUGCAUCCGGUCUUCUUUCAAACCUCAGCUUGGUAGAUGAGUUGCAGACCUUGGAGCAUUUACAGCUUCUGAACAUUACUAUAAGAGAAGCUUCUGUUUUGGAACAUCUUCUGAGGAACCGCAGGUUGGCAAGUUGUACUCGAUGCCUGUUUCUUCGAGAACUCGUAUCAUCUUCCGGAAUAUCACUCGUCACUGCUAUGGAUCGUCUCCGUGACCUCCUUAUAGUAGAAUCCGAUAUCUCAGAGAUAAAGCUUGAUCGGAGAUCAGGCAACGAAGGCGAGGUCUUUCCAUCUUACACCAUUCCAAGUAACACGUGGUUUCGAAACCUCUUUAACGUGGAAAUAGUCCUCUGCCAAGGCUUUAGGGACCUGACUUGGCUGCUGUUUGCUCCGAGUCUCGCUUCUCUAUAUGUCGCAAUGUCAUAUCAUAUCGAAGAGAUAAUAAGCAAAGAGAAAGCCGAAAGCUUCGGAGGGGAAGGAGGGGGAAGUGUCAUACCCUUUCUGAAACUAGAAAAUAUUUACUUGGAGGAUCUGGAAAACUUGAAGAGCAUCUACUGGAGUCCUCUGCCUUUCCCUUGUUUGAGACUUCUCGGCAUAAAACAGUGUCCGAAGCUGAGGAAACUUCUAAAGGAAGAAUGGCUUGAAGAAGUUGAAUGGGACGACGAAACUACGAAAGAGCGUCUCCUUCUGUCUUGCAAGGCUUAUCUGCUUUAG